AUGGGAUGCCACUCCAGCAAGAGCACCAAGGUGGCGGGGGCGUCCGAGAAACCCGCAGAACAGCCCGAGGGAGAGGAACCAAAUCUGCGGGCUAGCACAGAGGCAGCAGAUGGCAAAGACGCCUCCUUGAAGGAUGGUGCCCCUGAGCAGAAGAACUGA